AUGUUCUUUCCAAUGGCACUUUUUGCUGUGGUUGUCACAGCAUCACUUGUAGUGUGGCAGCUUUUCAAAACCCUGAGCCUGCAGAGGGAUUCAUACGAGUCCGAUUUGCUGCAUCCUGCCUUCUUCAUGAUCCUGAACUUCCUCUGUCUCUGCAGGUCCCUUGCAACCAUGAUGAAGUCCAGAAGGGUGCAGGUGCUCCUGAUUCUGGCAGUUCUGACCUUCCUUCUUAUCCACUGCCACUUCCAACCCUGCAGCAACAAUGCCCCUGUGGAAAGAAAACCUUCUUCAGUCCACAUCCUCAUUCUCUCCUCCUGGCGGUCAGGGUCUUCCUUCACCGGACAACUUUUCAGCCAGCACCCCAGUGUCUUCUACCUGAUGGAGCCUGCAUGGCACGUGUGGGUUACAAUGUACCAGAACAGUGCCAAGGUCUUGCACAUGGCAGUGCGGGACCUUGUCAGGUCGGUUUUUCUGUGUGACAUGUCUGUGUUUGAUGCUUACAUGUCUAGCCAGAAGAAAAAGUCUGAUUUAUUUCAGUGGGAGACAAGCCGAGCCUUGUGCUCCCCCCCGGCCUGUGACUUAUUCAGUCGCAGUGACAUAAUCACUGCAGGCAACUGCAGAACAAUCUGUGCCAAGUCCCCAUUCAGCACAGUGGAGGAAGCCUGUAAAACCUACAGCCAUGUCGCCAUCAAGGAGGUUCGGUUCUUUGACCUGAAAGUGCUCUACCCCCUUCUCACUGAUCCAUCCCUGAACCUCAAGAUCAUUCACUUGGUCCGUGACCCUCGGGCUGUAUUCAGAUCGCGAGAGAAUACAGUGGCAGACCUGAAACGUGACAGUAACAUUGUUGUGGGGGCCGAGAGGACAAAGGGAGAAAUGGGACCUUACAACACCAUGCAAGUAAUCUGCAAAAGCCACGUUGAGAUUUACAAGGCUGGCAGCCAGGCUGUCCCCAGCUUCCUGAAGGACCGCUACCUGCUGGUUCGCUAUGAAGACAUUGUCAGAGACCCGCUAGCAUUGGCUGCUCAGAUGUACAGGUUUGCAGAACUCCAUUUUACACCCGAACUUCAGAAGUGGGUGCACAACAUCACCCAUGGGAAUGGGCAAGGAGCACAGGCCUUUGAUAUUAGCUCCAGAGAUGCUCUGAAGGUAUCUCAGGCCUGGAGGAAGACCCUUCCCUUCCAGAAAAUAGAAAAAGUGCAAAGAGUGUGCAAGGAUGCAAUGGACCUGUUGGGCUACCAGCUCAUUCAGUCUGAAGGAGACCAAAAAAAUAUGUCACUGGAUCUUUUGUUUGAUCAUAACUCCUCUAAGUAACAAAUUUUGAAGGCAGAAAAGCUGCUCUCUGCACCUACUCUCUCAAGGCUGCAGAGCAGAGAACUGUAAAGUGUUUGCCAAAGCAAAGAACAGAGGUAUGUGCACGCGUGCUAAGAGUGCACACAUGGAUGUGCUAAGCAA